ACUAUACAGAAACAAAAUGGCGGAAAAYGGGUUGAAAGAGGCGCCAAAAAACCCGAGUAUUCCUUCUAUUACGAUCCUAGACAGUGACGACGAAGAAGAACAGACAACAGUGGAGCUUUUCGAAGGGUUUACUAAAGCUGUUCAACCUUUUCUAAAACGCCAAGAGGUUUUGCUUCUUCGAGUGAAGUUUCAAGCUCUUUGCCCAGACUUCAAAUGCUCCUCGCAAUUUAAAGAUAUGCUUCGACGGAAGACUAAUCAAGUGCAUAAAUUCGAUGUUUACAUUCAUUUUAACGAAGUCCUUAAUGCAAUAAUUCGUAAUGCAGCUGUGUAUGGGAAAAAAGGAUCAAAGCUGACACAGGAAAACGAAUUGAUCGAUGACAACAAUUCUUCAGGUAGUCAUAGUCAAAGUGAGGGAACACAAGAGUCUAGACAAGAGACUUUGGCGGGGAAAUUUGAAAAUUUCGAAGAGGACAGUCUCACGGAAACGUUAUUAAAUCAAUCCAAUGAAUCUGUGGAUAAUGAUAUACAAUUUGUUGAAGAAACUCAAAAUACUAGUCACUCAAAUUCAUCUGGAAAUUUUCAAAGUCCCACGAGUUCAAAUGAGAAAAGUAGGAUGGAAAGGGAAAAAAUGAGAAUAAAAAGGAAAAAACUCAUUUCUAAACUAGAAGCUAAACUGAAGUACACUUCAGAUGAAAUCAAAAGGUUGAGUCAGGCAGAGCUAAGCCUUGAUGAAAUGGAAUAUGGGGACAGUAGUUAUAUUAUGGAGAGCCGCUUGAAGAAUCGCUUUAAUAGUAUAUGGAAUAAACUUUGCAAGUUAAGAGGACGUCCAACUAAUACUGGCCGAGUCAUCGAAGGAUCAAUAAAGUGUAAAACCUCAGGGUUUCCAGCCAUUGAUAAAGCCAUUGGAAAGUUCUUAAAGAAACUAAAAGGUUUUCCAGAUAUUUUUGAUAUUAGGAAUAUCAUAAUGAGGGUAAAUAAAAAGCGUGGCUUAGGAAUUUCUCUGGGGGUGCAGAAUGACAUUGCUGCAGAUAUUUUAACGCACAUUGGCAACAAACUACAGAAGAAGAGGAAGAAGGAUUUCGAGUACAACUUUGGUUGUCAUUUGACGGACGACUGCUUGCCGAGUUUAGAUCCUGCUUUACAUAACUCUGAACUGCGGCAAAAGCUUGAGGAAAACAAGAGAGUAAACCAAAAUGCAUUAGAUAGUGUUUUUGAAAAGUAUGUGCACUUGGGACGAGUGAAAGGUCCAAGGGAUCAUGGCACUGAUUCUAAUUAUUCCACUACGGAGUCUGACUCUGAAAGCGACAAGGAAUCACAUCMGUCAGGUAAGAGGAAGGAACGGGAGCAUUUGUCAGAGGGUGAUACUGAAGACAAGAGUUCAAGAAAGAAGCACAAGAAAAUGAAGGCUUCUGAAAAUAGGAAGGUAAAGAACUCAGUUGAAAUUAGCRUAAUACCUACCACUAGUGCAACUGACAUGCCGACAGCUGGUACUGAAUCUGGCUCAGUAGAAGUUGAGARUUCAAAUAGUAAAGUUGAAAAGAACUCAACUUUUAGUGUUAAUGGAGAAGUGGAGAAAGUCGAUGAUGAAAUACCCAGUGCAAUUAUUACUACGUCUGUUAUGUCUACAUCAGUACUGCAAGUUGUUGAGCCUUGUUCAUUAGAAGUUGAAGAGUCAGCUCAGCAUGURAGUGAACAGAAUGGUGAACCAGAAGGAAGCCAAGACAUUUCAAUUUUGGAUGAAAAAGAAAGUAAUGAGGUAAAAGAUGUUUCAUUUACACCAAAUUCUUCUGGAUCAGAGAAACCGGAACCAAAAGUAGAAGCACCUUCGACGCAAAUAACAACACCAAACCCUGAAAUUGAAGCUGUGCCGGUAAAGRUUAAUGGUUUUUGUCAUGACAAUGUAAUAGAAAUUAUCGACAAUGAUGAAAUAAGCGAAAAGAGCCAUGAUGAUAAAGAAAAAACUGGGAAUGAUAAAAGUUUACGGAAACAAAAAMGAACAAUCAAUUCAACAAAGCUCCUGGAAAAGAUACAAGAACUGAAGGAAAACCAGCUCUCUAAGUUCACAGAAAACAAAKGUUUAACAAAUUCUUCACUUUCUGAAAGUAGCGAGAAAGUUGACUCUUGUCAUUCCAAGAGAAAAGCUACAUCAGUGCGUCACAUCACUCAAAAUCAAGAACACCCACACAGCUCUCCAUCGAAUGGCAUCUUAGACAAACAAACACCUCAACAUGAUGAGGAGGUCAAACAAGCUAACAAAAGUGAAGGGGAAAGAACAGAAAGUGUUUCAAAGAUUUCUUUAACUUUAACAACUAGUGAAUUUUCACCCAAGAAAGGAACUUCAGGUUUGCAAGAAUCUCUCAAGAACUGUCCUUCAAACAAUCUAAAGAACAACUCUACUCUACAGACUAACACUGACAAUAUCACACAAAUACAUAGUUUUUCUACUACCUCAGUGGCAAUGAGYUCAUCUUCUCCAGAAUUUCUAGGACCGAACGAUAGCAUGUCUAGAGUUUCCUCCAAGUUUUCUCCAAACAACGAGUUAAACUUACCAAAACAGAUCGAUACUGUUAUCAUAAUCUCAGAUGAUGAAGAUGACUAGAUUUUAUUUCCAUAUUUAUAAAGAUAUUUGAUAUUUUUAAAGAUGCUUUAGUUAUUGAAAAAGAUACAUGUGAAACAAAAAUGACUACAGACGGAUUAAUUUUGAAACUGAAGUCAAAAGAAACAGCAUUGGAACCCUUCAAUUUUCAAUAUAACUUUCAGUUCAAAACUCAUGCAUUAAACUAUCCAUUGCAAUUGGGCUAUUCCUGCUGCAAAUCAAAAGUGAUUUAGAUUUGACGGCAGCAAAACCAAAUAGACCUCUUUAGCAUGGGUGAAAUGUCAUUGCCUAGAGUAUCACUUCUUUGUUUAACAGUUGUGCAUAAAAAGAUACAACUCAAACAAAGAAUCUUAUUUUCAAGAAAUAACAUGGUCUACAAUGGCAAUUUUGCCCAAGUAAAAAGGUCUAUUUUACUAGUUAGCUGGGAUUUUAGAUUUYAGGUGAUAUUGAAAAUUGCAGUACCUUGUAGAGUAUCACAUUAUACUAGGAUUUUUUCAUGAUGGCAUCGUGGUUCAGCAUCAUUGACCUCUACUACCAGACUCCCUUGCACACUUUCUUUUGUUCAGUUAAUUAGCAACUGUCUUACUAUUCUCAUGAGGGAAUACAAAUUUAAAUGAGAAAGAAAAUUUGCAAAGCAUUAUGAUAGUGGGAGUCAAAUGACACCAUCAUGCGAACAUCCUAUUUAAACUAAGUUAAUCAAUUUUCCAGUCAAAAUCAUACGCAGACUAUUGAACUAUCAAUAAYACUUAUUUAUCAAAUAGCAUAUAGAAAAAAGCUUAUUUGGAGAUUUAUAGAUACUUGACAUAGCUAUUUAACCAUUAUUACUUUAGUUCUUAUAGCUUAUAUGUCAGAAGCCUAUAAGAGCCUUAUAGCUGAAUGGGCCUUUUGACUUGAAGGCUGUAAAGGUGUCUUCUGGUAGACAAUAAUCAAACCUUGAAAAUUUUGACAAAAAUAAGACAAAUCCCAUAUUUUUUAAUUACUGCUUUGUUCAACUGGGUUAUCAAAGAAAUUAAAGAAAAAACUUUUCUCUCAUGGCCACUGGAACAAUAGAUUUGCCCUGCUUGGCCUCAUCUUCAAGUGCUUUAGGAUGAGUUUAUGUAUGAUUAAAGUGCACCUAACUCCUGA